AUGCUUAGUGCCACGCUCGCCGACAUCAAGCCCCCCCAGAUCGUCAACUUCGUUGGCGAUGAGGGAGAGGGUCUGGAGUGGCUCCUGGCGCAGGAAGAUCCCGACUUCGCCACAGCCGACAAGGAGGUAAAGUUGUGGAAAAUGAUGGGACCAGAUUUUUACCGGUACAUACAGACGGUAACCGGCUGGCGCAGCAUCAGCAUACCACCCUUUGUCAGCGGGGGUAUGCUUGCGAACGAUAUGGGCUGGGUCGUUCAGAUGGCCCGCAAGCCAUGUUUUGUCCUGCGUCCAUCGAUCGCAGGGAUGCGACCAGGUGGACGCCGGAGCGGGACGUUGUCGGUGUGCGGCGUUGCCGCCUCCGACACGUUCAGCGCCCCGAUCGCGUCCAUCCGUCCCAACCCUCCGGUCGGCCAAAGUUGGCCGCCGGAUACACAAGGGUUGGACGCGUUACUCGACACUUCCGUCGGAUUUCGCUACUACUUCAACUUGCAUCAAGACUGUCUGAUUUCGCUGCUGCUUCAACUUGCAUCAAGACUGUUGUGUGCAGCCAAUGGAAGAACUUCCUUCACAUCCUCGCGCCUUGGACAUCUUAACGUCCAGGAGGCGUUGAAGAACUUCAAGAAGAACGGUGUCCCUCAGGACAAGGCAAUCAGUAACGGCAACGAUGACAAGAGUGGUGGACCGGCGUGA